AUGUCUAUCCCGAUACGACACCAAGGCGCAAUGGCCGAUUCGUCUAAUAUCAGUGCCGUCGACUCAAACAUGUAUAGAACAAUCUUUGGCGACGAUGCCAUGCGUUUCAUAAUGUGUGAUACGGCGUUCGAAGAGCGCAUGGUCCAAGUCGAGAUAUCGCUCGCUCGUAUACAGGCCAAUUUAGGUACUAUCCCUAAGCAAGCAGCUCAAGAUAUUGCCAAUGACUGCAAUGCCGCUAAAUUGGACCGUGGACGGCUCCAGCAGGAAACCGAAUUAGUUGGCCUCCCUGUCUGGGGGCUCGUACGCCAACUUAGUGCUAUGGUGAGAGAUGAAACGAGCGCUCGGUAUCUACACGGAGGGCUCAAUACGCACGAUGUCAUGGAUCUAGCCCGCUCUUUACAGAUGAAAGAUGCGCUGGAGCUCAUUUGUAGCCGAUUGGACACCAUACGAAAUCGCCUAGUGGCACUCACUCAUCAGUAUCGGAAGACGCCCAUGGUUGCGCGAACUCAUCUGCAGCAUGCUCUCCCAUCGACGUUUGGCUAUCGUACAGCCAUAUGGCUUACAUCGUUGGAUCGACAUUCAGAACGACUGCAACAGAUUAAACCUCGUCUUCUCUUAGCUCAGGUCGGUGGUGCUUCAGGAUCCCUAGCCUCUUUGAGUGAACAUGAACCGGAAGGAUUAAGGCUUGUAAGGGCUAUUUCUGAAGAAUUGGGUCUUUAUCAGCCAAAUAUGCCGUGGCACGCUGCAAGAGAUGGGCUCGCAGAGGUAGUUUCCCUACUGGCAUUGAUAGGCGGUUCUCUCGCCAAAAUUGCACUCGACAUCGUCCUGUUGCAAAUCCCUGAAGUCAGCGAAGUGGCCGAACCUUUCGUGGCACACAGAGGCGCUUCUUCCACCAUGCCGCACAAAAAUAAUCCUGUUUUGAGUGAGGCCAUUCUAGCACUUAGCAAGAUGUUGCGUCAAGAAGCUGGGCUGGCCCUCGAUGCUGUUCCGUCUGACUUUGAACGAGCGGGAUCAGGAGCGUGGCAGCUUGAGUGGGCAGCUCUCCCACAAAGUUUCACCUAUUGCUCAGCGGCACUAAAACAUACGGAAGAAGUUUUGACAGGUCUCCGAGUAGACGAGAAUCGGAUGCUACAUAAUCUGAACUUGUCACGCGGGCUGGUAGCAGCAGAGCACGUAGUUGUGGCACUUCACGAGAAGUAUGGUCGAGCACGCUCGCACGAUAUUGUAUAUGAGUGCUGUCGCCAAGCUGUACAGAAGAACCAGCAUUUGAGCAGCACACUGAAGCAACGAGAAGAUGUAACGAUUUGCCUUUCUGAUGCUGAGAUAGAUUGGUAUUGUGAUCCGGCCAAUUAUCUAGGCUUAACACCGAGAUUUAUUGAUAUAGCAUUGGCGGGAAGAUGA